AACGCUGAGCUGCGUGGAGCGUGGCUUUUAUCCAAGUACAGGCGCUUGAGAGCAGACCGCUUGCAGAGUGGAGGCGCAGUCGCAGGUUAUCCCUCGCCUCGUGCUUGCUCAGAACCGUCACUCUGCCACCUUUCUUUAUAAACAGGUCAACAGAAGCGUCAGCUGCAGGUGCAGACCUUAUCCACCCUGCGUUUGUCAAUAAAGGUGAUUGUUCAGGCGGAUCAUCGCUGGAGGGAAGACGCGGUUUUGCCAUUAUUCAUUAAAAGACUGCAGGCUGCCUGAGCGUCAUGACAGCUGAGAAGAGUGGGCCCGUUAUAAACGGAAAACCAGAGGAUGGCAAAGACCCGGAAGGGUCCAGCUCCAGUCUGGACAACAGGGAGUACAAUGAGAGGGGCCAGUGGAACAACAAGAUAGAGUUUUUCCUUUCAGUUGCAGGAGAAAUCAUUGGGCUGGGAAAUGUCUGGAGGUUCCCUUACCUCUGCUACAAGAAUGGAGGAGGUGCCUUCUUUGUUCCUUACGUCAUCUUCUUCGUGUGUUGCGGCAUCCCCGUGUUUUUCCUGGAGACGGCCCUGGGUCAGUUCACCACCGAGGGAGGCAUCACCUGUUGGAGGAAAGUCUGCCCGCUCUUUGAGGGCAUUGGUUAUGCAACACAGGUGAUUGAAGCUCAUCUGAAUGUGUACUAUAUAGUGAUAUUAGCCUGGGCCAUUUUUUACCUCUUCAACUGCUUCACCACUGAGCUGCCAUGGGCUGGCUGUGGCCAUUACUGGAACACAGAAAACUGUAUUGAUUAUUAUGGAGAAAAUGCCACCAACAUCACAAACCCCAAUGCAACGUCUCCAGUCAUCGAGUUUUGGGAACGGAGAGUGCUGAAAAUAUCAGAUGGAAUCGAGCACAUGGGUGGAAUGCGUUGGGAGCUGGCCAUGUGCCUGGCUCUGGCUUGGUUCAUCUGCUAUUUCUGCAUCUGGAAAGGACCCAAGUCAACUGGCAAGGUUGUGUAUGUGACGGCUACCUUUCCAUAUUUCAUGCUGUUAAUCCUGCUCAUCAGAGGAGUAACUUUGCCUGGAGCUUACGACGGCAUCAAGUUCUACCUGUACCCUGACAUCUCCAGACUUUCCGACCCCCAGGUGUGGGUGGAUGCAGGAACUCAGAUCUUCUUCUCCUAUGCCAUUUGUCUGGGUUGUCUGACUGCUCUUGGAAGUUACAAUUCUUACAACAAUAACUGCUACAGGGACUGCAUCAUGCUGUGUUGCUUAAACAGCGGCACCAGCUUCGUGGCAGGUUUUGCCAUCUUCUCCGUUCUGGGCUUCAUGGCGUAUGAACAAAAUGUUCCGAUUGAAGCUGUUGCAGAAUCAGGUCCAGGACUAGCAUUUAUUGCAUACCCCAAAGCUGUAACAAUGAUGCCUCUGUCUCCACUUUGGGCUUGUCUUUUCUUCAUGAUGCUGAUUUUCUUGGGCCUUGACAGUCAGUUUGUGUGCGUAGAGAGUUUGGUAACAGCUGUGGUGGACAUGUACCCAGAGACGUUUAGAAGAGGCUACCGCCGGGAGCUGCUGAUCCUCGGCAUGUCUGUGGUCUCCUUCUUCAUAGGACUCAUCAUGUGUAUGGAGGGAGGGAUGUACGUCUUUCAGCUUUUUGACGCGUACGCUGCAAGUGGAAUGUGCUUGCUAUUUGUGGCCAUAUUUGAGUCCAUAUGUAUUGGCUGGGUUUAUGGCAGUGACAGAUUCUAUCUUAAUAUCGAGGACAUGAUUGGCUACAAACCUAUCUUCUUCAUCAAAUGGUGCUGGAUGAUCCUAACCCCGGGCAUCUGUGCUGCAAUAUUUCUUUUCUUUCUGAUUAAGUACAAACCUCUGAAGUACAACAACGUCUACACUUACCCUGACUGGGGUUAUGGUAUUGGCUGGUUCAUGGCCAUGUCUUCGAUGGUUUGCAUCCCAGUGGGGAUGAUCUGGAUGAUCUGGAAGACUCCAGGCACCUUUUCUGAGAGAAUAAAGAAGCUGACCACUCCCAGCCCCGACCUGAAAAUGAGAGGGAAACUCGCUGCUCUAAGUCCCUACGCCGCCAACGACGCAAAAGCAGAUGGAAAAAUAUCUACCGUUUCAGAGAAGGAGACACAUUUUUAACAGACUGCCUGACUGAUCAGCCAGCUGCCUGUUGUUUGUAUGAGAAGUUCAACAAAGUGAAGCCACAGCAGUGUUAUCAACCACUACACAGAAAAGCAACAUGAAACAAAUGACUUUUCUUUUGUAAAAAAAAAAAAAGUAUAUGCACCAGAAAAGGAAAGGAAAGGAAAAAAUGGGAAAACCCUGUAAUGAUGUUUGUCUCUGUUUUGCACAAACUUUUAAUAACACUGUUUUGAUUAACAUUGUGACUAAAGCAGCGUUUUCCUUUGUUUUCUUUUUAACCGUCAAAGAUGUGUGUUGACAUGCGUUCAGUGGCUAAAACGUCUGAGUGUACGUUGUCUGUAAUGGUUCCAGUUUUCCUAGUGCCUUUGAAACAAGGCUUACACUGCAUUUGAUGGCAAAGUGCUCAGCCUCUAUAUUAAGUUUGGUAACACAGCUAUGUAAGUAAGAAAGCUACAGUUAUUCUUGAUAUUGCAGUGAUCACUGAAGUCCCCUCUGUGUUACACUGUUGUUUUGAAAAAUGUUGGAAUUUUAGACACUAUCUGAUCAGAGCCCUUUUUAACAAUUUAACCUUUUUCUUAACAAGGAGCCAGUUUAGCUCGUGCUGGUUUGCGGGGCCUUCCAUCUGUGAAACGAGAGUUCAAAUCCGGGCUGCUCCCUAUUCCCUUCUCUGCUUCUGUGUUGGUCCCAAGCCCGGAUAAAUUGAGAGGGUUGCAUCAGGAAGGGCAUCUGGCGUAAAACAUUGCCAAGUUAACCAUGCAACUCAUCCUCAAAUGGGAGGUUGUUUCACUGUGGCAACCCCUGAUGGGAAAAACCGAAAGAGGAAGAAGAACCUUUUUCUAAACAAGCAAAAAAACACGGCAGUCAUGCUUUUAAUGAAGGAAAUUAUUAGACUUUAUAUCAUCACAACAACACAUCGUCAGAUUCAAACAGAUAGCACACAAGAGAGGCUGAGGGAUUGAAAGUUCAAAUCUGUUAUAGUUUGGUUUUCUUGUGGCUACAAAUGGAAGUAUGUGACUCGCAGGCUGAGUCUAAAACACACUUCUUUCUCUUCUAGCCCUCUGGUAUAAGUCAUGGAUAUCUGCCAUUCACAGUAAUUACGUUGAGGCUAACACAGACUGGCAGAGAGGUGUGCCUGCAACCCUGCAUUUUUAUGACCUGCCCUGCAUAUGGAGGCAAUUUUCAAACCUCAUCUGUCUUCUUCUCAUCCUUAUUCUUUUCAUGCUUUUUCCAAUCUUUUUUCUUCACUGCCACUCUCUUUUAUCUUCCCAUUCCUUCUCCGUGUGUCUCUUCUAUUUGGCUUCUUUUCAGUGCACGCCUGGCUUGAACGGUCGCACAAGUCCAAAAUGAAACUCGUAUUUUGCAUUUCGUCUUGUGUUAAUGUCUCAGAGACGUUCUCACUACUGAUCUGCAUGACUGUGACCUUUUAUUCUGAGGCUGAGAAGCCUCCAGUUUUAAUUUUGCUGUCUGAGCCACUGCAGGGGUGAAAGGACGGUCUCUGUCAGCAGCGUCACUUGUGAUGGGAGACCGUGAGCGGGUCUCAUUGUUCAGAUCUCCUCAGCUCUCAAAUGACUGCACGCUUCCUUGCUUCGUCCAACUGUCUCAUUUCCGUUUCGUUUUUUAUACGCUGAUAGGAAAGCAAUCAGGGGAAAAUUUCAGACAGGAUUAAAAUCGUCUAUAUUUUUGAUGGGGAAGAAAACAGGUGAGGAACUGAAUGAAGGCUUUGUGGAAGUGUAUUGCCAAUAGAAAAUAAGGGAAACUGAUCAAACACAUUACUGAAGCUCUUCUCCACACAUGGGGCGCUUUUUAAUAGAUGUCAAGGUCUCUCUGGGCUGGGUAUGUUACCCCUCUUAUGAAUGUUUGUUCUGGUUAUUAGAUGUAUGGAUCAGAAAUUAUAUAAAACUUUUAACACUGAUCACAUCGAUGUAUAUGUUAAAAUCUCUAUAGACACCUGUGGCCUAUUUUCUGGGAUGAAAAACAGAAUUGCUGUAAUAAAGAGAAUACAUGUUUUGUUUUGACCUUUGAAAUGCUCAAACGAUCAGGUCAUAGACACAUAAUGAAAGGGUUUUAUUGUUCUGGACUGUUUUACACAAAUUUUGGUAAUCACAAGGCACUUGAACUGUCAAUUUUCUCAUUUUUAAAAAUAAAUAUGAAACAAGGUAAA